GUGCCAUCCAACAGUCGCGUCGUUCUGAAGUUUACCUUAAAGUGAGUGAGGAAAACUUACCAACAGCAACCACCAUCCAGAUGCCGCCAGCCAUGAACUGAUCAUCUCUGCUGCCUCUUUUUCCAAACCUUAAAGAAACAUUUUUUGCUCCCUCCUUUUAAAGUGUUGGUUUAAACAAAACAAAUCAUCAGGAGUCAGACAAGAUCAUAAUGCAGCCUGUUGCGCUGCUUUUUGGCUUCCUGCUUGCUACAGUGUUACACGGCCAAGGUGUGACAGGAUCAGGAAGUACCGAGUGCUCAUGUGGCAGAAAUCAUUUCACGUGCGCAGUGAGUGCGUUUGGCGAGUGUACCUGUAUUCCAGCUCAGUGGCAGUGUGAUGGAGACAAUGAUUGUGGAGAUCAUAGUGAUGAAGAUGGUUGCAUGCUGCCAACCUGUUCCCCUUUGGAAUUUCAUUGUGACAACGGCAAGUGCAUCCGACGUUCCUGGGUCUGUGAUGGUGACAAUGACUGUGGGGAUGAUUCUGAUGAGCAGGAUUGCCCGCCUCGUGAGUGUGAAGAAGAUGAAUUUCACUGCCAGAAUGGUUAUUGUAUCCGGAGUCUGUGGCAUUGUGAUGGUGACAAUGACUGUGGGGAUAACAGUGAUGAACAGUGUGACAUGAGAAAAUGUUCUGACAAAGAGUUCCGCUGUAAUGAUGGCAGCUGCAUUGCAGAGCACUGGUAUUGUGAUGGUGACACAGAUUGCAAAGAUGGCUCUGAUGAAGAUGGCUGUCCUGCCGAAGUUCCUGUUACCAACUGCAGUAUGGAGGAAUUUCAAUGUGCUUAUGGGCGUUGCAUUCUUGACAUAUACCACUGUGACGGUGACGAUGAUUGUGGAGAUUGGUCUGAUGAAUCGGAUUGUGCCUCUCAUCACCCCUGUCGGUCGGGUGAGUUCCUCUGUAACAGUGGGCUCUGCAUUAAUGCUGGCUGGAGAUGUGAUGGUGAUUUUGACUGUGACGAUCAGUCUGAUGAGAAAAACUGCACUGCCUCGCAGUGUACGGCAGACCAGUUCCGCUGCAAAACAGGCCGCUGUAUACGCUUGUCAUGGCGAUGUGAUAGAGAGGAUGAUUGCUCUGACAACAGUGAUGAAGAAGACUGUGAGAAAACAGAAAUCCCACAGUGUGCUCCAGAUCAGUUCACAUGUGGCAAUGGACGUUGCAUUGGUCAACGUAAAGUCUGCAAUGGGGCAAAUGAUUGCGAAGAUGGUAGUGACGAAAACCCACACCAGAACUGUCGUGAACGAUCUGAGGAGGAAAGCUGCAAUGUGAACAAUGGUGGAUGUGCGCAUAAAUGUCAGCAGGUUCGAGGCAUUGUCCAAUGCACUUGUCACACGGGCUACCGAUUACUAGAGAAUGGAAAAUUGUGCCAAGACAUUGAUGAGUGUGCUGAAGAUGGAUACUGCAGCCAAGGUUGUACCAACUUAGAUGGAGGUUUCCAGUGCUGGUGUGUUCAGGGAUAUGAACUACGACCUGAUAAGCGGGGCUGCAAAGCACUAGGACCAGAACCAGUGCUGCUGUUUGCAAAUCGGAUUGACAUCCGCCAGGUGCUACCUCGCCGAUCAGAAUACACCCUCCUACUUAACAACCUCGAGAAUGCCAUUGCUCUAGACUUCCACCACAGCAAGGAACUGGUGUUCUGGUCGGACGUGACCUUGGACCGCAUUAUGAAAGCAAAUCUGAAUGGAAGUAAUGUUGAGGAAGUUGUGUCAACAGGUCUCGAGAGUCCAGGUGGUCUUGCCAUUGAUUGGAUCCAUAACAAGUUAUACUGGACAGACUCUGGGACGUCGCGUAUUGAGGUCUCAAAUCUUGAUGGAACACAGAGAAAAGUACUUUUGUGGAAGAACUUAGAGAAACCUCGUGCCAUAGCACUGCAUCCUAUAGAGGGAACCAUAUAUUGGACGGACUGGGGCAACACCCCUCGGAUAGAAUAUGCUGCCAUGGAUGGAUCCAACCGGAAAAUCAUUGCAGAUACCCAUUUGUUCUGGCCCAAUGGACUCACCAUUGAUUAUGCAGGUCAAAAAAUGUACUGGGUAGAUGCCAAGCAUCAUGUGAUUGAACGUGCAGAUCUUGAUGGUCAGAACAGGAAAGCAGUGAUCAGCCAAGGCCUCCCUCAUCCAUUUGCCAUCACGGUGUUUGAAGACAGCCUGUACUGGACAGACUGGCACACCAAAAGCAUAAAUAGUGCCAAUAAGUUUACUGGGAAAAAUCAAGAGAUUAUCCGCAAUAAACUCCACUUUCCAAUGGAUAUUCACACACUUCAUCCACAGAGACAGCCAGCAGCAGGGAGAAAUCGCUGUGGGGCCAACAAUGGAGGAUGCAGCCACCUCUGCCUUCCUAGUGGCACCAACUACACCUGUGCUUGUCCAACCGGCUUCAAAAAGGUCGAUGCCUACAGCUGUGCUGGAAGUCUUGACAAGUUCCUGCUUUUUGCUCGAAGGACGGACAUCCGUCGCAUCAGCUUUGACACUGAGGACAAGUCUGAUGAUGUCAUUCCACUGGCUGAUGUGCGCAGUGCUGUUGCACUUGACUGGGACGCCAAAGGGGAAUACAUCUAUUGGACAGAUGUUACCACCGACUCUAUCAACAGGGCUAAGUGGGAUGGAACAAAGCAGGAGGCAGUGGUGGAUACCAGUCUGGAAAGUCCUGCAGGGCUUGCAGUUGACUGGGUGACAAACAAGCUUUAUUGGACAGAUGCAGGAACUGACAGAAUUGAGGCCUCAAAUUUAGAUGGUACCAUGCGAACAGUCCUCAUCUGGGAGAACCUAGACAGGCCCAGAGACAUUGUGGUGGAUCCUAUCGGAGGGUACAUGUAUUGGACAGACUGGGGAGCCAGUCCAAAGAUUGAACGUGCAGGGCUGGAUUCUUCUGAGCGUAUAGUAAUCAUUUCUUCCAAUCUCACCUGGCCCAAUGGCUUAGCAGUGGACUAUGGCACAGAGAGACUGUACUGGGCUGAUGCAGGCAUGAAGACAAUAGAGUAUGCCAACCUCAAUGGAACUGCAAGAAAGGUCCUGAUUGGCAGUCAGCUGCCUCACCCUUUUGGAUUGACUAUACAUAAUGAUAAGAUCUAUUGGACCGAUUGGCAAUCAAAAAGCAUUCAGAGUGCAGAUAAAAACAGUGGCCUUGGUCGAGUGAUGCUGCGAGAAAACCUAGAAAACCUAAUGGAUAUUCACAUGUUCCAUAGGCAUCGAAUGCCAGUGGCUACCAUGUGCAAAAUAAACAACGGUGGUUGCAGUCACCUCUGUCUUCUCGCUCCAUUGCCUAAGGCUUACAGUUGUGCGUGCCCCACAGGCAUUAAUCUCCUUGCAGAUGGAAAGACAUGUGCGCCUGGUAUGACCAGCUUCCUCAUAUUUGCGCGAAGAACAGAUAUCCGAAUGGUGUCACUUGAUAUUCCUUACUUUGCUGAUGUGGUGGUGCCUGUCAAUGGAACAAUGAAAAAUACAAUUGCAAUUGGAGUUGAUCCUAAAGAAGGAAAGGUGUACUGGUCAGACAGCACUCUGAAUAAAAUUAGCAGAGCCAGCCUGAAUGGAUCACAGCAGGAAGACAUUGUAACCACAGGAUUAAUGACCACUGAUGGACUGGCAGUGGAUGCGACAGGCCGUAAAAUAUAUUGGACAGAUACGGGGACCAAUAGGAUUGAAGUUGCUAAUUUGGAUGGAACAAUGAGAAAAGUUCUGAUCUGGCAGAACUUGGACAGUCCAAGAGCCAUUGCUCUUCAUCAUGAGAAAGGCUACAUGUAUUGGACAGACUGGGGAGAACAUGCCAAACUGGAACGUGCUGCCAUGGAUGGAUCAGACAGAAUGAUUCUCAUCAAUAGUAACCUGGGCUGGCCUAAUGGUCUGGCCAUUGACAAAGUGGGUUCUCGACUUCUGUGGGCUGAUGCACACACUGAGCGCAUCGAGGCAGCAGACCUGAAUGGUGCUAACCGCCGAACUCUAGUCACACCUGUCCAGCACCCUUAUGGCCUGACUCUGCUUGACCAUCACAUUUAUUGGACGGAUUGGCAGACUCGAAGCAUCCAACGAGCUGACAAGAACACAGGUGGUGACAUGAUUACAGUGCGAGGCAACUUGCCAGGACUAAUGGACAUUCAAGCAAUUGACCGUGUUCGGCCUGUCGGUUUUAACAAGUGUAGUGUCAGGAACGGAGGCUGCAGUCACCUCUGCCUCCCACGUCCUGGUGGCAUCACCUGCGCAUGUCCAACAGGAAUCCAAAUGAAGAAUGAUGGGAGAACUUGUGACAAUGCCCCUGAGACCUAUCUCCUCUUCUCCAGCCGUGGCAGCAUCCGGCGGAUCUCUCUGGACACAACUGACUACACAGAUGUGCAUGUUCCUGUCCCUGAGCUCCAUAAUGUCAUUUCCCUGGAUUAUGACAGUGUGGAAAUGAAGGUUUAUUAUACAGAUGUCUUCCUGGAUGUCAUCAGAAGUGCAAACCUCAAUGGCAGUGGCAUGGAGACCGUGAUUAGCCAGGGUCUAAAAACAACUGAUGGUUUGGCCAUUGACUGGGUUGCAAGGAACCUAUAUUGGACGGACACUGGCAGAAACACUAUUGAAGUAUCUUGGCUUGAUGGAACUUGUCGCAAGGUGCUAAUCAACAACAGCCUGGAUGAACCGAGGGCAAUUGCUGUAUUUCCCAGGAAAGGGUAUCUCUUCUGGACAGACUGGGGAAAUCUUGCCAAAAUAGAGCGUGCACAGCUGGAUGGCACUGACCGCAAAGUCCUAAUCAACACUGAUCUGGGUUGGCCUAAUGGCCUAACCUUGGAUUAUGAUACAAGAAGGAUCUACUGGGUGGAUGCUCACUUAGAUAGAAUAGAAAGUUGCGAUUUAAAUGGAAAACUACGGCAAGUUCUGAUCGGCCAAGUUACACAUCCCUUUGCAUUAACUCAGCAUGAUCGCUGGAUUUACUGGACAGACUGGCAAACCAAAUCAGUUCAGCGUGUGGACAAAUACACAGGUCGAAACAAGGAGACCAUCCUCGCUAACGUAGAGGGACUGAUGGAUAUUAUUGUAGUCUCCCCACAAAGGCAAACAGGUACUAAUUCGUGUGGUGUCAAUAAUGGAGGAUGCACACAUCUUUGCUUUGCCAGGGCAACAGACUUUGUGUGUGAAUGUCCAGAUGAACCAGAUGGACGGCCGUGCUCAGUGGUUCCUGGAUACGUGCCUCCAUUUCCAGAGACCACGAGCUCUGGUGGGAAACAUGAAGCUGCUGGCCCUCGCAAAACUUCCGACUCCUUCCCUGCAAAGCCCACACAUUCUGUUGAGAACACAAGUGAAAACUGUUCUCAGAAAGAUGCAAACCAAGGUCUCUGUGAUCAGGAUGAAAGCCAGGUGUUGCCUGCAAUAAAUGGUGAAGGUCUACAUGUAAGUUACGUCAUUGGAGCCGUCUUGACAAUAUUAGCUAUCCUAAUUCUUAUAGCUGCAUUCAUUAUAUACAGGCACAAAAAGUCAAAGUUUGAUGAUCCUGCUGUGAGCAACCUAACCUACAGCAACCCAUCGUACCGGACAUCGACGCAAGAAGUGAAGAUAGAAACAGUUCAGAAACCAGCUCUAUAUAAUCAGCUGCGAUAUAAGAAAGAGACUGCUACAGACAGUAGUUACACAAAAGGGAAGAUAAAAAUUGUCGAAGGCAUCUGCUUGCUGUCGAAUGACAACAUGUAUUGGGAUGACUUAAAACAGAUUAAGAGCACCCGGGGAGGAAUUCUUCGAGAUCACGUUUGCAUGAAGGCAGAAACACUGUCUGUUCAGGGCAGCACGGACUCGCUUGGUGAUACAGAGACAGAACAGCUGCUACAGGAUGAACCACUGUCAGAGUGUAGCAGCGUAAAUACAAGCACACAGGAAAGAAGUGGCAUCCCAUUGCCUGACACUGGUUGGCAGCACAAUUGCAAACCCUCGACUGAAAGUGAGGUCUGAUGGGAAAUAGCUUUUUUUUCCUUCAUGUUCUAUGUUCUAUUUAAAAAAAAUGUUUCUAUGGCAACUUCAGACCAUGACUGAGCAUGCUUCAGACAAGAUGGGGCCUCAGAUUCUUCUAUUAAAAUCAAGACACAACUCAACUGGGACUGAAUGGUACUACAGGCUGUUACCAAUCCAUCCUCUGAAAAACAACACAGUACACAAGAAGAAUGGAUCGAAGCCAAGUGAUCGUAACUCUCUAAAAGUGUUUUCAAAAUAUCUGAUACCCAAUUUCAUUCUCAGAUUUAUCUGAGGAACAGUUCUGGUUAAAGCAUGAAUCUACAGGUGAUUAUCUGCGGCAUGCAUUAGCCUACUUUUACACUGUAGAGAAUUCCGCUAUUAAAAUGGAUAUAAUUCUGUAUGUAGAGCAGAGUACUCCUUUUGGAAAAGGCUUUUCAUUCUGUAUGCAGGGCUUGCAAUUUUUGGUCUCCUGAGGAACAGUAUGAAAAUCCUUGUAGUCUCAGGUAAGACUUCGGCUACAUAAGGGUGAAUUUUGAAAGGACAUGUUUAGUUAACCCCUUCAUCCUCACUUUGGCAUCCAGACACAGCUGAGGUUGUAAAUGUGACCAGAAUCACUGUAUUUUCCUCUUGUUUUGAAAAGAGGAGUAAGGAAUUGGCAAAUACUAAUACAGAUCCAGCUGCAUUUUCCCUUAAGUAUCUGUCUCUAAGCACUGAUUUACAAUUAAUAAUCUAAUUUUUUACUUGCAUGUUGCUGCCAUCAAUAAUUCCAAACUGUACUCAUGAUAUCAGGAGAUACCUCUUUUAGCCACUAUGUACAUUUAGAUGAAAUGUAAAAUAUUAGGCUGGAGCAAGCUAGUUACAUUAAAUAGCACAAAUUACUUAUUAUUACAGACUAUUAUGUUAGUUAUAAAUAUGGGGCAGAAUUCAGCAUUUUAUUAUCAAACCCGACAUUGUGGUCACAGUGUUACUUUACAUUUUUAACUGGAAGUACAGAGCAAGUUCUGGUGAAAGUUAUCAAUAGGAAGCAGACAACAUCAUUAUAAGCAAUUGUAUAAGCAGUCAUUAAAUUGAAUUUUCAUUGAAUUUGAGUGACAAGUGAACAUAUUAGGGGGAAUAAAGAGAAUCAAACCAUAUUGUAAAAUUUUCAAUUAAAAUUCAGGUAGCAAACAAAUAAACAACUAUUUUAAUCAGAAUCGAUUAUCGUAAUAACAAAUGAGAAUUUACUAUCUGCUCCACUACAUUAAAUGUUGUGCCUAGAAAUUUAAAUUUAAAAUUUCAAAGAAAAAGUACAAAAACUUUUGAGUGCAAUAAAAAGCAGAAAAUGCUCUGCAGGUCAAGCAGCAUCUGUAGAGGGAAAGAGAGUUUCAGAGGAUGAAAAGUCAUUACCUAUAAUAUUAACUCUAAUCCCCUCUCCAGAAAUGCUGUCUGGCCUGCUAACAAUUUGCAGCAUUUUCUGUAGCCUUUUUGGAUUUCUAGAGUCUGAACUAUUUUGCUUUUUUACUUCAAGUCCCCAUUUGAUUUUUUGACUGAAGAAAAAUGAAACAGUAGAACUUACCGUUAUUGGCAAAUUUCCCUUCCAACUGAAGUGAUGUAAUUACCAAGUCUACUCUGUAGUUGAAGUCACUUCAAUAAAAUAUAUCCUGAAUAUCCAUAUAAUUGCAUAAAGUCAAAUUUAAAUUUAUUUGGAGUCAAUCCAAUCCUAACCUGAACCCUGAAUUUACAUCAUUAUAUCUGUUCUGGGUGUGAAUCAAGAAGAGCUCUGAUUCACAAAAUCAGUGUACUGUGGGUGAGAGACACGCUCUGUAUUUCUUUUGCUAAAGUUACAAUGGGCAGAAUUUUUCAAUUAUUCCCUGUAAGUGGAAGGCACAAUGCUGUUAAUAAUUUACAUUAACCUAUAAGUGAGACAGCUUUAAAUAUUUUCAGCACAGCAGAUAGAUGAUCACAAUUAAAUGUAGGAAAGUAACAGACAUAAUGUCACAAUCAUUAACUCAGCAUUGCCCCUAAAAUUCAGCUUGGGCACUUUUGAAUCCAUCUAUUUUUCAUUGAGCUAUUUCUGCUGUUCUGCUUGCCUGCUACGUAUAAAUGUAUGUUGUAAAUUAUUGUUACUUUUAUUGAGAGAAGUUUUGAUUUUUCCUUAAAUUCCGUCCUCCACCCCAAGAGCAAGUGCAGUGAUAUUUCCAUUUAAAUAUAAAAGUAAAAUAUUAUACUGGUUGGUCUAAUUAAUGUCACUUUAUCUGCCAAAUGAUUGUAAGUUAGUGAUCACAAGUAUUUUAUGAUGCUGGAACUAACAUCUGGAAAAUAUUUUUUUCUCUAUCCUAAUCCUUCACAAAAACAAAACCGAAGAACAGGAGGCUCCAUGUCUCUCCUGUGAACGAAGGAAAAGGAAAACAUCCCAAUGUAUUUCAAAUUCUGUUGAUACCUCAGCAUUAUUAAUUGCCUCUAAAUUCCUAUAACACUUUCAGAGUACUAUAUCCUGCUACUUGUUUUCUAUUCCACAUCUUCAUGCCUAUUCCAGUAACAUUGUUGCUUUGACCCAAACUUCAAACUUCAUUAGUAUGCUGCUUGCACGGAGAUUUUGAUUGUUGUUUUGACAGUGUUGCUUACAGUGAAACGAGGAAAAUUAUAGCAUCAUCAAUGGAUGUAAAUUAAUUGACUUAAAACUUAAUUACAGCCAGAUUUAUUGUUUCUACUAGGCGAAUGAACAAUUUGUUGUUGUUCCUUUUCUUCAUAAUUAUUUUGAAUCAUUUUUUUGCCAACAAAUGGUCAAUGCUGAAAGUAGAGCCAAGACUCGAGGGUGUUUUGUAGCCAUCACACAGCCUGUUUAUUUCUUUGACCAAAUGACUAACUUUUAGCCUUUUGAGUGCCUAGCAUUUGUACCUUUAGUUGAAUGUGGUGCUAUUUUAUCCAGAUCAUAAGUUUGGGCCACAGCUCUUGAUUGUCUACACAUCUAAGCAUGCAUUUUAUUUCUAAUAAUUGGAUGUUAAUCGAACAAAGACAUUUGCUAUGUUAUUAUGACAAAAUAGUUUAAAUAUGUAAAUAUUUGAUAAAACUCCAGGAUUAUUAAAAAUAUAAACUGUACUGCCCCUGAAAAUAAUUUAGAUUUUAUCCCUGGUUAAAUAGUGAAGAACAAUUCAAAUAUUUGCCAGAUGCUUUCUUUGCCAAUGAUAAGAAUAUUAAUAUAAUAAAUAUAAUUAACUGUCUGAGAUGGAAUUGCACCAGGCCUUUUAACCCUUUGAGCACUCUGAAAUCAUUUUAUAGCUUUUCAAUACAGGAGCUUUUUUUUUAAGAAAAACAUUAAAAUAUUUUUCUUAAAGAAUUUUUAAUUAUUUAAUCCUGUAUAUUGCCUAGUUUUAUAGCAUGCAACUUGCUAGUUUUGUGAACUUAGGUUAGUCAGUAAUAACACGAGAGUUAUGUUGUGCAAUGUACAGUCUGCCUAUAACCAAGAAUUACUUAAUUCAAAUGAUCUCUCCGUUUUCACCUUCACUUCCCAUUUUGCUGUGUUACUUACAUUGCUUAAUUCAAGUUGCUUUCAUUUUUCUUAAAAUGCAAAGAUAUCUUUCAAUUAUCAGGAGUAGACUUUAUUAGGGAAUUUCUGUACUCAAUGGGUUAAAAUACUUGGGUAGUAACUAACUGUGACAAUAACUAAUAAAUUGGUCUAUUUAAGUUGAUAAAUAAUACAAUCUUAGGGAAUUAACCAAUUUUCAUGUAUAGACUUUUGUUUUUUUUAUAUAACAACCAGCCCAAUUAUUCAUAUUGCCUAGUAUCUUAACUAGAACAGCAUUUUUUUUGUGUGGAGUACUUCCAUUGCACUCACAGGAAUAUCUUGUAUUCCACUUUGUCAACUUAGAAAAUACUAUAAAAGCAUAAAUAUUUUUAAAUUGUUUUGAAUAUUAUGUUACAUCUAACAGAAGGGAAAACAAAAUAAGUAGAUUGAAAUAUAAUACUGCAUUUGGACAUUAGUCGUGCAUUUGUCUUCCAAUUGUGUAAUAAUAUAUUUUUGUUGAGCAGCUACAUAACUAAUUUGGGACUUUGUAAUUAUCCUAAAUUAAAAUCUGUAAUAUUUAAGACAGUCUUGAAACUGCUAACUUUGUUCAGAUAGAAAAUGUUUACAGAACAAUUGUUUAGUGUGAGCUAUAUAUCUAUGUGUGUACAUAAAAUGAAUUGGUUAUUAAAAUUGGAUGUUUUCUAAAUGUUUUAUAUCCGUGUACUAUUUGACACAAUGAACUGUGUUUAAUCAUUAUAUCUUGUUAUCUUAAUCAGUUAUAACUUCUUUUAAAUA